GGCAGCUUAAAUUGCAUUUGCCCAGUGUAGCCUGUCAAAUAGAUGCAGGGAAAGUUCACCCCAAAAUCCAAAAUAUUUUUUCUUACUUCUACAAGAAGCAAUAUCUCUCUUUAGUUAAGUACUGAGCAUACUAAAAGACAUGGCCUUAAAGUCAAAUUCCUCAAACUUUAAAAAAAUGUUCUUGCGAUCAUUUGUCCUGGAUGCAUGAUUUGACAGGAAUGUCGUGUUACUCAAUCCACCCUGAAGUGACUAGAAAAAUGAUAAAAAGGAAGGCGUCUUCCUUCAAGGAAGUAUUGUGAGUUGCAGUGGGAAGGCACAACGCUGUCACACACACACUGAACACAGCAGACGGAUGACUUCUUUCCUCAUCUUAAAAAUAUAUGUUUUCCAAGCGCAUUAGACCAAAUAAAUGUGCCCCAAACGCUUUGAAGAGAUCUACUUACUUUGAUUUUGUGGAAGCCGUCACGAGAGGUUUCACAGGCAAAAAUGCGGGACAUGCUGCAGAGGCUGCAGACCAUCAGCGAGGAGCUGGAGGACUACGAGCCCGAGUUAUAUGGAGACGAGUACGACGUCGACAAGGGGACGCUGUCUCAACAGGCGGUGAUGUUUGAGAACACCUCCCCUAUUGACGACAUCUUGAAGGAGGCCCACUCCAUAAGCAAGGAGAUCUCCCUACUCCACUUGGAGGUGGAGCGCCUGACGAUAAACAACGAGCGCUUUGGCACCUCUGUGCGGCGCCUCACCCUACUCAAAAAGGAUUCUGACUCCAUUGCCAGGGGGAUCCAGCAACGCGGGGGGGCUCUGCACAUCCGCCUUCAGGCCCUGGGUCAGGAGAGCGGCCAGCUCGAGGAAAGAGAGGGUCCAAACUCUGCCGUGAGUCGCAUCGCCCGAGCUCAGCAUGACACGCUGUCCCAUUUGUUCCGGAAGGCCAUGAAUGACUACAAUGAGGCAGAGGAGAUGCAGAGGAGCGCCUGCCGGCGGAGGAUCAAGAGGCAGGCCUCUAUAAUAGGGACUGAAAUCACAGAUGAGCAGCUGGACGGGAUGGUGGACAAAGGUGGCGAGGGAUGGACAGAGCUGUCCCAGAGCCUGCAAGGUGCACGCUCGUCCCGCUGGGCCAUGUGCGAGAUCAAAGGCAGACACAAGGAGCUGGUGGAGCUGGAGGUCCGGCUGAAGGAGGUCCAUGACCUGUUCCUGGACAUGGCCGUGCUGGUGGAGGAGCAGAGCUCCAAAGUGAAUAACAUAGAGGCCAAUGUGUGUGGCACACAGGAAUAUACUGAGAAAAUCAAUGUCAAUGUCAAGAGGGCCCUGCAGUACAAGCGGAAGAAUCCCUGUCAACAAUGUUGUCCAUGUCUACCCUGUUGGAAUCAAAACCGACUACUUUAGGGCUUUAUAUAGAAUGUUUACAUGGACCCAGUUGAGGACAAUAUGUAAGAGAAACUGCUGUUGAAGGGCAGCAUGCUGUACUUGAGGUGGGAGGCUUAAAUUUGUUCAUGGUAUAGAGUUACUGUCUAAAAUGUAAUUUACACUUGAAUAACUUAUUUGGGUCAGCGUUCUAUUUGUCUACCCGCACGCAUUGUGUUCAUGUUCGGAAAUCAAAAGGGAAAACAAUUGGUUUUAAUCAAAUCUGCUCAUCAUUGCGCUUCUUUUGAAACUUUUGAAAACAAAUGUAUUUUGCCAGAUAUGUAAAAAAUAAACCAUUUAAACCUGUU